AUGCCUGAGCCUUCGAAAUCUGCCCCAGCUCCUAAAAAGGGCUCUAAGAAAGCUAUCUCUAAAGCUCAGAAGAAGGAUGGCAAGAAGCGCAAGCGCAGCCGCAAGGAGAGCUACUCGGUGUACGUGUACAAGGUGCUGAAGCAAGUGCACCCGGAUACCGGCAUCUCUUCUAAGGCCAUGGGCAUCAUGAACUCGUUCGUGAACGACAUCUUCGAGCGCAUCGCGGGCGAGGCGUCGCGCUUGGCGCAUUACAACAAGCGCUCUACAAUCACGUCCCGGGAGAUCCAGACCGCCGUGCGCCUGCUGCUGCCCGGGGAGCUGGCCAAGCACGCGGUGUCCGAGGGCACCAAGGCGGUCACCAAGUACACCAGCUCCAAGUGAGUGCUCAGAGCUCACAAUAGACCCAAAGGCUCUUUUCAGAGCCACCCACAUCUUUUCUAGAAGAGUUCUGACUGCUUACUUUGUCAGCCAAGUUGCCUUCAUGAAAGACCGAAUGAAGUUGGGCAUUUACCCCGAGUUUAGAUUAAAGGCUGAGGUCACUUAGGGUUGCUGUUAGGUCUUAAUGCUUUCCAGUUUGAUAGGGUUU